UCUUUGAUUACAAGGAUUUGUGUUAAUUUAUUGAAGAAAUUAAUUUAUUAUCAAGGAUAAUGGGCGAAGAGAAAGGUCCUGAAAAUCGCGAGAGAGAACGUAGUAGAGAUAAGGAUAAGGACCGUAGGAGGCGAUCUAGAUCUAGGGAACACAGGAGGAAAUCAAGAAGUAGGAGCAGGGAUAGAGCUGAUAGACCUGACAGACCUGAUAGAAGGAGGAGAAGCAGAUCUGGAUCUCCUUUGAGACAUAAUAACAAAUAUGGAUCACAUUCACGUAGAAGGAAACCUUCUUUAUAUUGGGAUGUACCACCACCAGGUUUUGAACAUAUCACACCUCUUCAAUAUAAAGCUAUGCAGGCUGCGGGUCAAAUUCCAGCUAAUAUAGUAGCUGAUACCCCACAAGCAGCAGUUCCGGUAGUUGGUUCUACUAUUACAAGACAAGCUAGACGUCUUUAUGUAGGCAACAUUCCAUUUGGAGUGACUGAGGAGGAAAUGAUGGAAUUCUUCAAUCAGCAAAUGCAUCUCAGUGGAUUAGCACAAGCAGCUGGUAACCCGGUGCUUGCUUGCCAGAUAAAUCUCGAUAAAAAUUUUGCGUUUUUGGAGUUUAGGUCGAUCGAUGAAACUACUCAAGCUAUGGCUUUUGAUGGGAUCAAUUUUAAAGGACAAAGUUUAAAGAUUCGUAGACCUCAUGAUUAUCAACCAAUGCCAGGUAUGUCAGAAAACUCAAUAAGUGUCCCAGCAGGUGUCAUCAGUACAGUGGUACCAGAUUCUCCACAUAAAAUCUUUAUAGGUGGAUUGCCGAAUUAUCUAAAUGAGGAUCAGGUCAAAGAGUUGCUGAUGUCGUUCGGGCAAUUGAGAGCAUUCAAUUUGGUCAAGGAUUCAGCAUUUGGACUGAGCAAGGGUUAUGCUUUUGCAGAAUAUAUAGACAUAACGAUGACUGAUCAGGCAAUAGCUGGUCUGAAUGGUAUGCAACUUGGUGACAAGAGACUUAUCGUUCAAAGAGCAAGUGUUGGAGCAAAGAAUACAACGGUAUUGCCAGCAGUUCAAAUUCAAGUUCCUGGACUCAGUCUUGUCGGUGCUUCAGGGCCACCCACAGAAGUCUUGUGUCUUCUUAAUAUGGUCACACCUGAUGAGUUGAAGGAUGAAGACGAGUAUGAAGAUAUCUUAGAAGAUAUCAAAGAAGAAUGUAAUAAAUACGGCGUUGUUAGAAGUAUAGAAAUUCCGCGUCCGAUAGAUGGCGUUGAAGUUCCAGGUUGUGGAAAGGUGUUUGUGGAGUUUAAUUCAGUUUUGGACUGUCAAAAGGCUCAACAGACUUUGACUGGUAGGAAGUUCAGUAACAGAGUUGUCGUUACAUCCUACUUUGAUCCUGAUAAAUACCACAGAAGAGAAUUUUAAGCAAUAGAAAUUUCAUAUUUGAUAUUGUACCACAAGGAUCUUAUUAAUGUUGAUUUCAUGUUUUUAUGCAGUUUCGCAUACUCAAUUUUGUUGGUUAUAUUCCACCUAACAUAUGAGAAAAAAAUGAUUUUAUAAAUUUUUUGGUUUAUGUCCAACUUCAGCGUAAAUAUCGUUUUUGAUUGACUGUAAUUACAGAUAAGUAUAGAAUAAAUUAUACAGAUGAU